AGCGCAGGACCGAAACUGUGCUGUGCUCGCUUUGCUUCUGUGGCAAAUCCUCCUCUUCGUGAUCUCUCUGCUCCAGUCCCCUCGGUCUUCCAUAUUACACAGUCCGUUCGUCAGUACAGUACAUUGUAGAUCAUGAACCACGGCUGGGCUUCUGUCGCAGUGCGUUAGUCUCUAUGAGCUAAGUCGAGCGUAUUCCUCUCACGUAGAUACUGUCUCGUACUGAUCAUCGCAUUUCUCCUGUUUCGUCUCCGUUAUUAUCGCUGCUAUUAGCUACUGUAGCAGCUUUGUUUUCGGCUUACAACGAAUCGAGAUGGCGUCGCGAGAUGCUGACGUGGCGUCGUUCGCCGACGACUUCCCGUCGCUCAAGGCCAAAUGGGUAGUGAUGCAGCGCGCGACCCGCCGGUCGUCCAAUCCCUUUGACGACCUCGCCUUCGUGCCCGACCACGACAUUCUCGAUGCCGCGUGGCUGCACGCCACCACCGACCCGAACGCACUGCCGCCCGCCAAGCCUCUGCCCGUCUCCGCAUCCGACCCCUCCGCGCCGAGGGCCAGCGGCGCGUUGCCGUCCGCGUGCGCGCUUCGCGACGGCGAGCUCGACGACCCCGCCGCCGCCAGCCAGCACGACCUGCUGGCGGCUCUCGACCCCGCGUGCGGCGGCGACGGUGGCGCCGCCGCGGCGCUGUUUCGCGACGAGGACGAAGAGAUGGAGUCGUGGCUCCACUACUCCGUCGAGGGCUCCGCCGCCGCCGCCGCCGCUGCUGCCGAUAUCAAAUUGCCGGAAACCGGCGAAGUUGCCGGCAGGCCGUCAGGUUCCGCCCGUGCCCCCGCAGCAGCAGCAGCAGCAGCAGCAGCAGCAGCAGGGGCUGAUGUUGGCAGCAACAGCUCUCACGCUGCCGCUGUCGAAGGUCUCGGUUCAGGUCCCUUGUCCUCCCUUCAAGGGCCUCACUCGUCCCCUGCCGGCCGGAUGGAGCCCCCCUCCUCCUCUUCCGCCGCCCCCGCCGCCGCCGACUCUCGCUCGCUGCAUCACGAUGGCGGCGCCGCCAAGGACAGCGGCCGGCACGGAGACGGUGGGGCCGCGGUAGAGACGUCGCCGCAGGCGUGGGUUGGCGGCGGGGUAAUGGGAGGUACGGAAGGGGCGAAGGGCAAUGGUGGGGGAGUUACAGGAGCAGGCGGGGAGGAAAAAGCGGGGGGAAACAGUGGCAUGCCCGCGCCAGUUUCUCCGCAGCUUUUGCCGCCCCCGGCCCCUAAGGGGCCUCCGCAGCAGUCCCCGGGGAAGGCGUCAUUGCGCCAGCCCACGCUGCUCCCCGGCCCGCACCAACUUCCGCAGCCCCUUCCGGCUGCUUCCCCUUCCGCCAAAUGCCCUUCCCCUCCGCUCAACUUCUCCCAUUUCUCCCGCCCAGCCGCGCUGUACAGCCGCCCGCACGCCAAGGGUCUCGUGUCGUCCUUCCGCGGGUCUGCGCCUCCCCGUGCGGGCUCAGUGGCGGGGGACUGCCCUCAGUGGAAUGCGCCCGGCUCCAUGCUUCCGCCACUCAAGUCCCCGCCUAGCGCCGUUGCGCGGAAGCUCAGUGAAGUCGCGGCUAGUGCGCAAGCAGCGGAAGGGGCGGGGGGGGUAGCAGCGCCGGGCAGCAGGUGGUGCGGGCGGGCAGCCACGGGAAAUAGUGAGGGGGGAGGGGGGGUCGGCUCCGCCGGCGGCGGUAGACUUGCGAGGGGUGGUGAUGGGGGAAGUUCCCGCGAAGGAUUUGCGGUGAGGAAAGGCUUGGGCGGGGUAGCGCAUACUGGUUCCGCGGGCAUGUGCGCGGGUGCGGGAAACGUCGGAACGGGGGAGCCGAUGCGCGUGUCGGUGGCGGGCCAGCGCGUGCCGUAUGCGCCGCUGGCGGCGUCGAUGGCGGCGAGCGCGGAACGGCAGAGGCAGAUGCAGAGCUACUCCGCCACCGCGGGGGGCGCGGGGAAGCGCGCGCUGACGGGUCCGGACGCAGGCAUGCGGUGCAGUAGCGCGGACACGGGGGCAGUGGGCGGGAAGGGAAGGGGGGGCAUGGCGGGUAGCGUGGGGGCGGGGGAAGCGGACAGGAUGUGGCCGCGAACGGCGGAAGGCGGAUCGGGGACGCGGAGCGAGGAGGAGAGGGCGGCGAGGGCGGUGCGCGAGAUGAAGGAGCGGAGCGCGUGGACGAGCAACACGUGGGGCAGCCGGGAGGAGUCGGGCGCGCGGUACGGAGGCAGGAAGCGGAAGGCGGGCGAGGGGAGCGAAUGCGGCAAGUCCGAGGAUGUGCGCGAGUGCUCCGCGGACACGAGGCGCACGGGCGGCGCAGGGGAGGCGGGAAGGCGGUCAGUCGGGGGGCCGAGCCUGUCCGGGCGGGAGGGCAGCGAGGGCAGCGCGGCGAAGCGGGCGCGCGCUGCUCACGUGCACAACCUGUCCGAGCGGCGGCGGCGGGACCGCAUCAACGAGCGCAUGAAGGCGCUGCAGGAGCUCAUCCCCAACUCCAACAAGACGGACAAGGCGUCCGUGUUGGACGAGGCAAUAGAGUACCUCAAGAUGCUGCAGCUGCAGCUACAUGUCAUGUCUCUGCGCACUGGCAUCAGCAUCCCGCCUGCCCUCGCCCCCACUCCUGCUGCGCUCUCCUCCCUCGCCGCCUCUCCCUCCCUCUCCGCCUCCUCCCCCCUCUCCCUCACCGCUGCCGCCGCUCAAAUAGGCGCCCCUACAACCCCCCUCUCUUGCGCGCCACCCUCCUCACUGCCCGCCGCUGCCUCACCCUCUGCUGCAGCAGCGCUGCUUGCAAGCCAGGCUGCUGCCGCUACUCUGCCUGCUGAAGCCACUCUGGGCGCAGGGGUGGGCGGCCUGGGCCUUUCUGGUCUGGCCAUGGGCAUGGGCGUGGGCAUGGAUAUGGGUUUCGGGAUGGGGCUGAUGAACAUGGGGCUGGGGGGGGACGUUGGGGCUGUGUCUGCCCAGCAGCGGCUGCUGAUGGAGAUGGCAUGUGGCGGCGGCAUGGGAGAGGCACCUGCCAGCCAGGAGCAGGUGAUUCUCCUGCAGCAGAAGCUGCAGCAACUGCAGAGUCUGCAGCAGCAGCAACAGCAGCGGCAGCAGCAGCAGCAAGAGCUGCAAGCGCUCAAGGCGUCAGCAGAGGAUGCGUGUGCAGCAGGCAUGGGUUCGUCAUCAGCAGCAGCAGAAGCACUAGCCGGAACAUCCUCUGGCAGUGCGUGCGCAGCGGCCAUGCGAGCAGGAUCCCGCCGGGCCCAACUUCUGCAGCGGCUGCAUGCCAUGCAAGCCCUGGCUGCAGCUACAGCAGGCUCGGGCGGGGGCAGCAAUGGGGGAGAGGGGGGGGAGAGAGCAGGGGUUCAAGGAGAAGCGAUGGCAAACGUGACUCGGCUGGCGCCUGGAGGUGGGGUGAGCGGUGGGGAGAUGACAGGCCUCUUAAGCAUGUCAGAUGCAGAGGGAAGUGGGCAGGAUGGGAGAGCGGCAGCAGUAAGUGAUGCGGUAGAGGCGUUCUAUGUCAGGCAACAGCUGCAGCUGCAGCAGAGGCUGCUACACCUGCAGAAGAAGCAAGAGCUGGAGAACCUGAUUCAGAAAGAGCAGCAGCAGCAACAACAGCAGCAACAACAGCAGCAACAGCAGCAGGCAUUCAACAUCGAACUCUAUCAGGCCAUCCUUGCCCAGCAGCAGUGCCAGCAGCGAGUAUAACAUCCAAUGUUACUACAUAUGUCUGUCUCAAGGCCUGACAUGUACCACAGUACAUGGCUUUGUGUUGUGUUGUGUGGUGUGGAGUGAGGUGCUGACUUAGGAUCCUGUACAUUAAGUUAUUUCUGCUGUACUAAACACAUAACUACUAAAUAAUGGUACAUCGU